AUGGACCGCAGCCAGUCUUACAGACCCGACAAACCGCCCGGAUGCAGAAGAGUCAAACGUCCUCCCGUGGGAUUCGCUAGCCCGCAUCCCGUUUUCCCACCGCUCACAUCGAAUUGCAGGGCAUCCGCCGAGAUAACCCAGCGUUUCCAGCAAAAUGCGUAG